AUGAGCAGAUCAUCACAGAGCGACUUUAUUCCAGCUUCAUCACCUGGAGCUGAGUAUGAGCCGGCUACAUCUGCUACUGAAAUUGAAAUGAAGCAAAAAACGAAUUCAUAUUCUUCAUCAAGCAGCGAUAGCGAGAAGCAUAGCUCAUCUCAUCAUUCUGUGAGUUAUAGCCUCUCAUCUUCUGAAAAUCAUGCCCCAUCGCAAAAAUCUUCUCAGACACCAAAUCAAAAUUCAUUGAAUGGAGGUCAUCAGUUAAAUCAAUCGACUGUAUCGGAGUCUUCAUCAUCAUCAAAUAACAAAGAUCAAAAUUACUCUCCACCAACUGCAGGAAAUAUUUCUGAUUCUUUGAAAAUUACUGGAUCUUCACGUCAUUCGAACUCCGAAAAUAACAAUCCUAAAUCUGCACAGAACACUACUGAUUCUCAUAUAAGUGUAACUUACGAAGAAGAGGUUGAAGAAAUUAUUGAAUCUGUUAGCCAGGAUUUACAGGCCGAAACAGAGUCUGAUAAAGAUUUACCGCAAAAGUUUUCAGUUGCAUCGAAUAAAUCGGCUCUAAAAUCAGACAAUGUAUCAUAUUCUUAUUCGUCCUCAUCAAAAUCUUCUCCGAAGCCAUCUCCGAAAAAUUCAGCAGAUAAUUCACCGAAAAACUCACCAAAGGCAUCUCCCGUUCAAUCACCAAAAUCUUCUCCUCAUAAUUCUCCAGAAAACUCCGAAAAAGAGCCAUCAAAAUCUUCAUCGGAGUCUUCUGAGAAAUCACCUGCUAAAUCUUCAUCGAAAUCUUCAGCAAAACAAUCUCCAAAGAAUUCAUCAAGUUCUAAGCCAUUAGAAUCACCACAAGCCUCAAUUAAGUCAUUACAAUCAUCAUCUCCACCUCCUCCACCUGAUUCUCUUUCUUCUUCCGAUCUUAUUGAGCCAACUCAAAAAGAAAGAGGAAUCAGCUCUUCAGAAGAGGAUUACUCUUACGAAAGCAAUAAUGGUCCUUUGAUCGAAAAGCCGAUAGAGCUCAAGAUCAAUCCGAAAACCGUAAUUGUCUUUACAAACGGCGAUGAAGAUUCAAAUGCCGAGUCUUCGGAAUACCGUACUAUUACAGAACCAGAGUGGGAUGAUCCACAUAAACGUCGUAGGAACGGAGAAAGGAAACUUAAUUUCCAAAAUGUUGUCCAAUCCGCCAAACAAAACGAAAAGCAGGAACCGGCUAUUAAAUCAAGAGGAGUUCCUCGUAGAGCCAAGUUGCCAAUGCCAAAAGCCACUUCAAUUGACCUUGAUAACAUGUUUGCAUCAGAUACUUCGGAUGACGACACAGAAAAUGCAGCGGCAAAGGCUCUCUGCAAGCCACUGAAGUCGAAAUCGAAGUUCCUUCAACAAAGCAGCUCCAGCGAAGAUGAUUACGCAAAUGGCAGAAACUCCAGGUCGAAUGGAGGAAGCAGCCGCAACAACGAUUCGAAUCUACCAGCCUUCAUGCGUCCAUACGAGAAGCAGGGAAAGCCACGUCCGAAGAAAGGCGGAAAAGGCGGAUCUAAAGAUACAUUUGCAGAUGAUAAAGACGAAAGAGAUACACGUAGAAGUGGUAACAAUAGGAAGCCAGGUGAUAAGAACCACGCAUUCCUCGAUAAUCCAGAAUUUGAUGAGCCAUAUCUCAACAAAGAAGGUCAAUUCCUCAACAAGAUGAAGAAUCUCCAGGGAGGAACUCCUAAACUCGACCUUGGAGAUGAUUUCAAGACCAAAGAUCCUCAUAAGAUUGACAGAAAUAACAAUGGCAAAGGAAAGAACAACAACAAAGGCAGAAACUUCGAUUCCGACGAUGAUGACAAUGGAAGAAACAACGGCGGUGGUCGUGGUGGUGCCGGAAAGAACGGAAAACCAUCAAAGAACAAAUUCGGAGUCGCUGUCGGCCAUUCUGACAGUUCUGAUGACGAAGACAACCACGGCGGAAGAAAGAAAGGCCAGAACAACGAUGGAAAGGCUUACGGCGGAAAUGGAGCAGCAGGAUCAAAGAGUCCAAACAACAGAAAUGGCGCAAACGGAAAACACGGAAAGUUUGGAGAUAAUGGAAACAACGGAGACAAAGAUGGAAAUGGAAAACAUGGAAACAAAGGAAAGACUGGUUUCGGAAGUGAUGAUGAACAAGAACAAGGAAAUAACAAAGUUGCAAAGAACAAACAAAGUAAGUUUGGUCUAAAUGAUGAUUCAGAAAACAACGAUGAUGACAGCCUCAGCUCUUUCAACCAGGGAAGAGGAAAUGGAAAGGGAGGAAAGAACGGAAAAGGUGCUGCAGGAAAAGGAAAGAAUGGAACUGGAAAAGCUGGAAGAGAUGGAAAUGGAAACGGUUCUGAUUCAGACGACGACAACUACGGCGGUGGACAUGGAGCAGGAAAAGGAGGCCGUGGUGGAAAGAGUGGAAAAGGAACUGGAAAGAAUGGUGCCAAUGGAAAUGGAUCUGAUUCAGAUGAUGAAAACUACGGCGGACAUGGAGCAGGAAAUGGAAAGGGAGGCCGUGGUGGAAAAGGAACAGGAACAGGAAAAGCCGGAGCAAAUGGAAAUGGUUCUGAUUCUGAUGAUGAUAACUACGGUGGAAACAAUGGAAACGGAAAAGGUGCUGCAGGUAAAACCGGAAAGAGUGGAAAAGGUACAGGAAAGAAUGGAGCCAAUGGAAAUGGAUCAGAUUCAGAUGAUGACAACUACGGCGGCGGACGUGGAGCAGGAAAAGGAGGCCGUGGUGGAAAAGGCGCUGGAAAGAAUGGUGCUGGAAGAGAUGAAAAUGGAAAUGGAUCUGAUUCUGAUGAUGAUAACUACGGCGGACAUGGCGGCAAAGGAAAUGGAAAAGGUGCUGCAGGUAAAGGAGGCCGUGGUGGAAAAGGAAAGAACGGAGAUGGCUCUGAUUCUGAUGAUGAAAACUACGGCGGAAACAAUGGAAACGGAAAAGGAGGCCGUGGUGGAAAGAGCGGAAAAGGAGCUGGAAAGAAUGGUGCCAAUGGAAAUGACUCCGAUGAUGAAUUCGGAGGAAAUGGUGCUGGAAAAGGCGGAAAGAACGGCCGUGGCGGAAAAGGAGAAAGAGCAGGACACGGAAACAAUGGUUCUGACUCAGAUGAUGAAAAUGGCCACGGAGGAAACGGAAAAGGUGCUGCAGGAAAAGGAGGCCGUGGUGGAAAAGGCGCUGGAAAGAAUGGUGCUGGAAGAGAUGAAAAUGGAAAUGGAUCUGAUUCUGAUGAUGAUAACUACGGCGGACAUGGCGGCAAAGGAAAUGGAAAAGGUGCUGCAGGUAAAGGAGGCCGUGGUGGAAAAGGAAAGAACGGAGAUGGCUCUGAUUCUGAUGAUGAAAACUACGGCGGAAACAAUGGAAACGGAAAAGGAGGCCGUGGUGGAAAGAGCGGAAAAGGAGCUGGAAAGAAUGGUGCCAAUGGAAAUGACUCCGAUGAUGAAUUCGGAGGAAAUGGUGCUGGAAAAGGCGGAAAGAACGGCCGUGGCGGAAAAGGAGAAAGAGCAGGACACGGAAACAAUGGUUCUGACUCAGAUGAUGAAAAUGGCCACAGAGGAAACGGAAAAGGUGCUGCAGGAAAAGGAGGCCGCAGUGGAAAAGGAAAGAAUGGUGCCAACGGAAAUGGAAAUGGCUCUGAUUCAGAUGAUGAGAACAACGGAGGCCAUGGCGGCAAAGGAAACGGAAAAGGUGCUGCAGGAAAAGGAAAGAACGGAAACAACGGCGAUAACUCCGAUGAUGAUGGCAGUGACAACUACGGCAGAGCUGGUGCCGGAAAAGGCGGAAAGAACGGCCGUGGUGGAAAAGGAAAGAAUGGAAACGGAAACAAUGGCUCUGAUUCAGAUAAUGAAGAUGGAAGUGAAAAUGGCCAUGGUGGCAAAGGAAAUGGAAAAGGCGGCCGUGGAGGAAAAGGAGCAGGAAAAGGAAAGGCCGGUGCUAAUGGAAAUGGAUCUGAUUCAGAUGAUGAAGAUGGCCACGGCGGAAAAGGUGCUGGAAAAGGCGUCAAAACACGCGGUGGAAAAGGAGGAAAUAACUCCGAUGCAUCAGACAAUGAUGACACAAGUGAUGUCUACAUCCAUGGACAAGGAAAGAACGGAAAAGGAGCUGUUGGAAAAGGCGGAAAAGGAAAGAAUGGAAAUGGAAACAAUGGAUCUGAUUCAGACAACGAAGAUGGUCAUGGCCACGGAACAGGAAAAGGUGGAAAAGGAAAAGGAAAAUCAGGAAAAGAUGGAAACAAUGGUUCUGGCUCUGAUUCUGAUGAUGAAAAUGGUCAUGGACAUGGCAAAGGAAAAGGUGGAAAAGGAAAGAAUGGUGCAGGAAAAGGAAAGAACGGAAAUGACUCUGAUGACUACUCCGGAGAUGAAGAUGGAAAUGGACAUCACGGAGCAGGAAAAGGAGGAAAGAAUGGACAUCACGGAAGAAACGGCGGAAAAGGAAAGAAUGGAACAAAUGACUCAGACAAUGACUACAAUUAUUCUGAUGACGACGAAAACAGAAAUGGUCAUGGACAUGGUGCUGCAGGAAAAGGAAAAGGAAGAAAAGGAAAUCAUGGAAAAGGAGCUGGCAAAGGACAGAAUGGCUCUGAUUACAGUUCUGGUGAUGAAGAUGGAGCAGGAAAAGGACAUCAUGGUCGUAAAGGAAAGAAUGGAGAAAAUUCAGAUGAAGAUGAUUACAACUACAGUGAUUAUGAUGAUGAAAGUGGAAACGGAAAAGGCAGAGGCAGAGGAAGAAAGGCCAAAGGAGUUCAUGAAGGAUCAGGUAAUGAAUAUUACUCAGAUGAUGAUGAAAAUGGAGAUGGAAAGAAGAGAAGAAGACACAGGAAACAUGGAAAGGAUAUUUCUGACAACGAUUACAACAGUGUUUCCACUGAUUUGGGACCAGACAGGAAACGCCACAGACACCACAGAGUUUCAGGACACGAUGCAGGAAGUGGAACUCUCUCUUAUUCCCAGGAAGAAUACUACGAAUACAGCUACAACGAAGAAAUCGAAGACUCCAAAGGAAACACAAAACUCGUCCACCACAAGAAAGGAGACAAGAGAUUACAUCCACGCCAUCAUCACCAUCAUGAUGGAGUUGAAGGAGGAUCAUUGUCUGGAUCGAGAAUGUCAUUCGAUUCAAAUCAAUCGAGUUCCGAUGUUUUCAAGCGUAAAUCGAUGAAAGGAAAGAACUUGGACAAACUCAAACUAAAGAGAGCUGGAAAACAUCUCGAAGCUGAUUACGGAAAUGGAAAAGGCUACAAGAACCCGAAGUACUUCGAUUAUUCCUAUUACGAAGAAGAAGAAGAGGAGGAAGAAUUCCAAGAUUAUUCUCUUUCUUCGAAGACAAAUUCAAGUGAAUUGUUGACAGAUACAAAGCCAAUUCAGCCGAAAUCAUAUUAUUUGAGGAAUGAUUUCUCUGAAUACACAGAUAACUUCAAGUACCUCGAUGAGAAGAGAUACCAUAGAGUUCCACAAAGAAAAUUAGUCCACAAAGAUAAUGAUGUUGACUCCGAAAUUUACUACAGAUUCGGAAAAAGAAAUGAUGAAGAAAACGAUGAAGAAACAACAUCUAAAAUCUGGGAAAGAACAAUGAAGGGAAGAAUCGUUUCAGAAACAGAAUACAAACAAUUAUCUCAUGUACACAAACGCCACAGGAAACACCAUGAAAGAGAAUCGAAUUCUUCUUCUCUCACGUCAAGAGAAACUAAUAAUUCCAACACGAAUGAUUCAGUCAGAAAUCAUCGUGGAAAAGAAGUUAACUCUUCUCAAAAUCUUUCAGAAAUAAAGUCUGAAGAAACUAAAUCUGUGUCUUAUACAAGCAAGGAUAACUCAAAGAGCUAUAAGACAAAUGAUGAAUCAUACACAACAUCACAAAAACAACAACAAGUUAAGAACAGAGAUUUGAACAUUUCUGAAGAAAAUUACAGCACUGCAACAUUGCAGAGAAAUAGAAUGUACUAUAACGGACCAUCAGAAACAGAGAAGUCAAGCGAAAGAAGGAAAUUGGUUAAGAAAUUCCUUCAGGAAACUUCUUCUGAAUCUGACGAUGAAAACAAGAAAUACAAAUACAAAGAUUGGCAAAUGACAGAAGAUUCUCAGAUUUCUAAAUACGAAAAGAGAACAAAGGCAAACUACAAGGAUGAUCCUCCAGACCAUAAGAGAUUAAAGAGAGUUCUCGAGGGCCACUCGCCAAGAAAGAAUUCACCUAGAAAGAAAUCUCCACAUAAAAGGAGACAGUAA